GCGUUACUCAUUAAACCAGAGGCAGACGCUCAUCUUCUCCGGAUAGAUGGAUACCAGAGUUCACUCAAAAAUGUUUAAUUUAUAGGUUUUUUUUCCAUAUAUAUAUAUAUAUAUAUAUAUAUUUUUUUUUUUUAUUCAUCGCUGACCAGCACAAAGUGAAGGAGUUUGACGUUCUGAGGCAUCCAUGUAUCGGACACAUUAAAGACCCAUGGCAAAGUGGUUGAAAGAUUACUUGAAUUUUGGCAGCAGGAAAGGACCGCCGCAGCCGCCCAAGCCUGAUUACACAGAGAGCGAGAUACUUCGUGCAUACCGUGCCCAGAAGGAGCUGGACUUUGAAGACCCAUAUGAACCCUCGAACCGAGCGAAUAAUGGCUUGGGUACCUCUGACCCAUUCCCUGCAUUCGGAACGGUUCUUCCCAAUGGCAUGGAGGUCAAGAUCGUGUCUCCUAAGCACAGACUGAUAAAAGUGGAAUCUCAGGAAUUCAACCGCUGCAAGGUCCCACUGGGCAUCGUCUCGUUCGAGGAGCCUCAUGUCCCUGUUGUUCCAUCUGCUCCAGCAGUGGGAGACACUGAUUAUUCAGACCCAUUCGAUGCCCGUCCAGACCCACGAGUCCAUCUCGGCUGGGAGUCCGGUUCCAUAGAAAACAGCAGCAGCUACAUGGAGCCAUUCGAGGCCCAGAGAGUCAUCACGGAGCUGCAGCACAUCUCCGAGCACGGCCGCACCGUCUCUCGGGGGAGCCCGCAGCUCUACGACAGCCCAUACGAAGAACGUGGCAACUACAGAACCGGUCUCCCGGAUGAUGAGAGGGAGAGUAGAUUGCCCCAGGAUGAUGAGAGACCUGCAGAUGAAUAUGACCAGCCCUGGGAGUGGAAGAAGGAAAAUAUCUCUAAGGCAUUAGCUGUACAAUUCGAUGGUGGGGAAUGGGAGCGCUCCACACUUCCCCACACGGACAAGCACAGGAGAACUGGAACGUCCAGAACCAGUCCGCCAUCCAGCAAGGCCACCAGUCUGCGCAAACCCAGUGACCACCACACCAUCCUGGGGGAGAGGGUGGACCCUGUGUUACCUCUGGAACAACAAGUGUGGUACCACGGUGCAUUGACACGCUCCGAUGCUGAGAGUCUGCUGACACUGUGUAAAGAGUGCAGUUACCUGGUGAGAAACAGUCAGACAAGCAGAAACGACUACUCUCUCUCCCUCAGGAGCUGUCACGGCUUCAUGCAUAUGAAGUUCUCUCAGUCGCGUGAUGGGAAGUACAUCCUCGGCGAGAACAGUCCCCCCUUCGACACAAUUCCAGAGGUCAUCCACUAUUACACCACCCACAAGCUCCCCAUCCGGGGUGCAGAACACCUCUCUCUGCUCUUCCCUGUGGUGGUCCAGACACUCUGAGAACAUGCACAGCUACACACUGGCCCACGCACACACACACACACACACACACACACACACACACACACACACAAAGACCUGGACUUCUUUUUGCUUAGGUCAGACACACUCACACACCCACUCACAUGUUCAUACACUCAGGGUCUAAUCUUGAUCAGCUUGCAGUAGCGCUUUGUAUUUGAUGAAGUGUGUAGUUUUAUGUGUGGAUUUUAAUAAUGGCUGCCAAUGAUCUUUCAUGAACCGGUUUGAAUCUGCUCCGAGUCACAGUUUGGAGUGUCGCUAAGCUGCAGGCUGGAAUUGAAAUGAAUAUUAAUGUGAUGGCUGAAACGAUGCUGUAGGUUAUUUGAAUACAUUGACACUACACACCUCCCUUUGUGACUAUACACAAAACUGUUUCAUAGAAUGACUUCCAUACAGUGCAUUGCUUACCUUUACAACAAAUACUCCAUUAGGUUAUCUUUGGAAUGGCCUCAACACUAGAAGAGAGUUUCCAUGAACAAUGGAAUUAUGAACUCUUCAUUUCUGCUGUCCUCUAUUAGAAACGCCUUGGCUGGACUGACACACUAAUCCCAGAAUAUCCUACAUACCAUCGAGCUGUAGAUCCUUGUACUGUACCUUCCCUAACUCUGCUGUAGACAAAAACAUAACCUGAUAAAUGAAUAUUAAGAUAUCAGUAAUUAGGGAUGCAUCAAUACUGAUACUUGUACUCAUAAGUGCUCUGAUACCAUGUGAUACUGUAUAACAUGAGCCUAGUGUACAAAACGAGAGCAGUCGGGAGAUUUUUAACAACUGGCAACACGGAACAGACGGACAACUGAACCUGAUAAAGUAUCUUGUGGUGUUUAAACAGUGUCUUAGAGCAAAAGAACAGCAAUAUAUACAUGUAUGUACAUAGACACACACACACAAGUGUGCAGCAUGGAAGUGCCCAUGCAGAUCAGUUCAGCAACCACUAAGAUACUCAUGGUUUCUUUGCACCUGCUCUUCUGCAAUUCACGGUAUUUUUAAUGAGCACACCCGCUGAUGCUGCUUUGCGCACUCAGACCUGCCUCGUGUUCCAUAUUAAUGAUCCUGUUUUAACACCAUAUGUAAAACCCAUCACUUCUGACAGCCAGACACUCAUAUCAGGGGAGGUGGUAUCUUAGUGGUUAAGGUGUUUGACUCCUAAUUAGAAGGUUGUGAGUUAAAAUCCUAGGUCCAUCAAGCAGCUGGUCCCCCGAACAGUCCUCAAUUGCUCAGUUGUAUAAAAUGACAUAAAUUAAGUCACUCUGGAUAAGGGCGUCUGCUGAGAUAAAUGUGUAAAUGUCACCAUCACUAUUGUAUCGAUGAGCCUGUACUUAUUCUCUGGAAAAGUGGCAUUGAUGCAUCCCCAUCAUUUAUAGAAGAUCUUGAUAUAAAUCAAGCUUGGCUAAAACAAGUUGCUUAUAUACUAUCAUCAGAAUGACAAUAUUUCAUCUGUCUUUUGGAGUUUUUGCUGCCCCUGUGGAGUCUGUUAAUGGGCUAACAAGGCUUACUGUUAAAGGAAACCAGGCAACAGCUGUGGAACGUGUGGAAUGUCUUUCCCUGCCACAGCUCAACACAUUGCUGUGUGCGGCGGAAGCACUGACUCAGGCGCAACUUUAGAGAGAGGUGAAAAUUGCAAGAGAAAUCUUCACCUCUCCAGAGUUGAGAACACGCGGUAGCACACGUCCUCUGUACGUCAACCUUUUUUUUUUUAUCCUCUUCGGCAGGAGAAAGGAAGCCAGCGUUCCCCCAGGGCUGCGCUUCAUCAGAGGUUACCGUUCACAGCUCGAAAGGUCACACUUACACUGUUAGAAACUACUGAACACAUGAACACCAGUAACACUUCCUUUGUUUUUCCUGUGAUUGUACGGUUUACAUUCAAGUCGAAUUUCUUUGUAAAUAGGAGCAAUAGAUCGCUGAUAAGGGUAUGUGUACAGAUACACCAUUAUGAGAUUCACCUUGAGUAUUAUUCACUCCCGUCUUAUCCGACGCCGUUUCCCGUCGGGUGAAACCAAGCCUCGUUUUGAUCGUGUUUUAAACAUAGGUUACAGCCGAAGCCUACAUUUCACAGAGGAGUUUGAUGUGUUUUUGGUGGUGAUAUAUUUUGUGUCCAGGCUUCAGACUGAACAAGUAAAAAAAAAAAAAAAUGCUGACAAAAUCCUUUGUAGAAAUUCAAUAUUUAUACCUGUAGCACAUUUCAUUGACUGAGAUGAAUUUCCAUAUUUCAAUCACAGAUUGCACAAGUCCUCAGCUGGAUAAAGGGAUAGAUCAGUGUUUUUAAACCUAAUCUCUACUGCAUGUGUAGAAUGUGCCAUUAUUAUAGACCAGAAUAACUGAAGCACAGAACAUAGAAUAGAAGUCUAAGGGCAGCCAUUGAACUGUAUUGAUUACACUCUAAUAGUAAAGCUCCUUUCAUGCCAUAGUUGCUGUUCUUACUGUAUAAAUGGCAGAUUUCUGUUUACUUAACAAAAGCAAAUUACUUUGGUAAUUUAUUUUUGUUUCAAAUUAUUCCCCCUCAUGAAAGAACCAAUAUGAAGUUGGCACUGGUCACUACAGACAGACGGAGUGAUGCACUCGGUCAAACGUCCCAGACGAAGGUAUUUUACACAAAUCAACUGCCCUUAGACAUCCAUUACAGGUUAGCUUUGACUCCACUGUUCUGUUCUAUGUCAUGGCAAUUACACAUAGGCUACAGAUGCAAUAAAAGAAGGUUAGGUUUUUAAAACAAAACACUGGAGUAUACCUUUAAGCUAUUAGACCUAUGGCACACGCUAGCAUUAUCACAAGAUCUACUCUGUUGCAGAGUGUAAUAUUAGAGAACUACACUGUAGUUGUGCUUGAUUAUGAUGACUACUUUUACUGACUUUCUGUACUUGGUUCUUUUGAAUAAAAUAAGCUUUUUUUUAAAAA